UAAGAGCCUCACACAUGCGCGGCGAGACUGCGCAUGCUCACUGCGCGCUGUGGUAAAACAGGGAAUGUGUAGCUAGCUUGAGGAGUUAUCAGCUUUAACAUCCUCGACCUUCGGGUGCCUGCUACAGGCAAGGAACCUUUUCGGCCCAAUUCUUAACUGAAAAUGUCCGUGUUCUCGGAGCCUGCUUUGGAGAAGAAAUUAUCAGAACUAAGUAACUCUCAGCAGAGCGUGCAGACCCUUUCACUGUGGCUCAUCCACCAUAGAAAGCACUCCAAAACCAUCGUCAAAGUCUGGCAUAGCGAGCUGAAGAAAGCCCAAGUGUCCCGUAAGCUGACCUUCCUGUAUCUUGCAAAUGAUGUCAUACAGAAUAGCAAAAGGAAAGGACCAGAGUUCACGCAAGAUUUUUCUCCAGUCAUUGUUGAUGCUUUCAAACAUGUCUCCAGUGAAGGAGACGAGAGCUGUAAGAAACAGUUAGGUAGAGUUCUGUCCAUCUGGCAGGAAAGAGCCGUCUAUGAGAAUGACGUACUGGACAAACUCUCUGAUGUCCUACAAGUAGAAAAAAAGGCCAAGAAGAGGCCUUAUGAGGAGAUUAAGGUGAACGAUGAGGACUUCGCCUCCCAAAGCUCCCCUGCUGAACCUCCCCAGACGGCAGAGCUGAUCCGAGCACUACAGGAGCUUGAGAACGCUGCCUCGAGCGAUGCAGCUCUCCGCCAGAGGAUCUCUGCUCUUCCCCCAGAGGUGCAGGACACCUCCCUAUUGCACAAAGUUACAGAUAAAGAGUCAGGGGAGCGUCUUUCUCGGUUGGUAGAAGAAGCCUGCAUGCUUCUAGCUGACUACAGUGGGCGGCUGGCAGCAGAGAUUGAUGAUCGGCGGCAGCUCACACGAACACUUGCUGUCUUUUUGCAGAGUCAGAGAGAUGGCCUGGCCCAGAACGAGCAGAAACUAGAAGAAUACAAGCGCAAACUUGCCCGGGUGUCCCAGGUACGGAAGGAGCUGCGAUCUCGUCUCAGCAGUCUUCCAGACCUCUCGCGGCUCCCUAGUGUUACAGGUGGUCAUGUCCGCCUGCCCUCCUCCGGCGAUCUUUACAGCCCCUCUGAUUGUAUAUCUGCGGGUGAGAUGAAAGACGGAAAGCACUGUCACGAUAACAGCCGUGCACUGGAGGACCGAGAGCGCGAGAAACAGCUUGCCAAGAAACGCCUGUACAUUGUUUCAGCAGUGUGUUUGGUCUUCAUGGUGGGCGAGAUCUUAGGUGGGUAUUUUGCUGGAAGUCUGGCGGUAAUGACAGAUGCUGCCCACCUGCUUGUGGACCUCACCAGCUUCAUCAUCAGUUUGUGCUCGCUGUGGCUGUCGUCCAGACCUGCUACACGCACUCUCAAUUACGGCUGGCAUCGGGCAGAAAUCUUGGGCGCUCUGCUGUCUAUUUUCACCAUUUGGCUGGUAACUGGCGUGCUGGUGUAUCUAGCGGUGGAACGGCUCAUUGAUGAAGACUUCACUAUUGAGGGCACAGUCAUGCUGAUCACCUCUGGCUGUGCCGUACUGGCCAACAUUAUAAUGGCCUUCACUCUGCAUCAGUCGGGUCACGGCCACAGUCACGGUGGUCUGAGCGGCGGCCACGGGCAUAGUCACGACCACGGGAAGAAAAAAGGCCACAGUCAUUCCAACGCUGACCAUUGUGACGUGGAGGAGAAUGGAUCUGUUAAAAGACAACAAGCUAAUGCUAGCGUGAGGGCAGCAUUCGUCCAUGUGAUUGGAGAUCUUCUACAGAGUGUCAGCGUGCUUGUCAGCGCGCUUAUUAUCUUUUUCAAGCCCGAAUAUAAAAUUGCAGAUCCCAUUUGCACAUUCCUGUUUUCUCUAUUUGUCCUCGGCACCACAUUCACCAUCAUGAGGGACAUCAUUAUUGUCCUAAUGGAAGGUACGCCGGCUGGUGUGAACUAUAAUGAGGUGAGGGAACGACUGCUCAGAGUAAAAGGUGUCAAAGCUGUGCACAAUCUUCACAUCUGGGCCCUGACAAUGAACCAGGCUGUGCUUUCCGCUCAUGUGGCUAUAGAUGACACCGUAGAGCCGCAGGCGGUGUUGAGAGAAAUGACCCGGGCCUGUUUCACAACUUAUAGUUUCCAUUCGGUAACCAUUCAACUGGAGCAUCAGGCGGACCAGAGGGCCGACUGUAGUCUCUGUCAGGACCCCGCAAAGUGAAACAUCCAGAGACUUUACAUUAAAGAACGGCCCUGGUCCAAAGGGACAAACGAUCCAUGAAAGAGAUCAUUGAGGAUUAUUGUGGUGUUCAUAUUUCACAGCUGAUCUCACAAGCUUUAGUUUGGACUUUGGACACCUCAGUCUGUUUUUUCACUAAUUUGGGUUUAAAGGGAUAGUCGCCCAAAAAAUGAAAAAACUGCCAUUUACUCACCCGUAUGUCGUUCCAAACCAGUAUUGCUUUUUCUUCGGUGUUUUUGUCUGUUUGCGAAAGUUGUUUAGAUGACAUUGUUUUUCAUUUGUGUUCUGUGAAAGAAAGUUAAGUCAUAUAGAUUUGGAAUAAUGUGAAGGUGAGUUUAAAUACAUAAUUUUCUGGACUAACCCUUAGAGAAGAAUCUGUUGUGAUAAAUAUGUUAGCAAAACGCUUUGUUGAUAUGUGCCAAAUGUAAUUCACUGAGCCAAGUAAGAAUGAAAAUCAUUUCGAAGAGGCAUACAAUAACAUUAUUUGCGCUGCCAUUUCACGAUUGUUCUUUCAUGUGUUUAUUUUUCAUCAUCAGCAAACAAGACUGUGAUGGUGUAAUGUACUGUACUUUUUGAACCAUCCCUUAUUUAAAAAGAUAAUUACCCCUAAUCAACAGUACCAUCUUAUUGUUGAUCGUAGGCUAUAUUUGUUUACUUUCGUUCUUAUUUCUGUAAUGCUGAGAGGACUUUUUAUUUUUAUCACUACAGGACUAAUCAAGUAUUUUGUCCCAUUUUAUACAUUACAUUUAUACAUUACUCCUCAAGCAAAGAUUGAAAUGUAUAUUACGGUAACAUUUUACAAUAAGAUUCUGUUAGUCACAAGAGUUGCUAACAAGUACAAUAAUUCAUUGUAAAUUCAUGCUAGCUCAGGUCUAUUAAAUAUUAUUAACAGAUAAAACUCGCCGAUUUUAAUAAUGUAUUAAGACAUGUUGAAAUGAACAUUAACCGCUUUUCAUUGUUAAUUAAUGUUAAUCAAAUGGGACUUAUUGUAAAGUCUUAUGCAUAUUCCUAUUCAUAUUAUAUACAAUUAAAAAUGAUCCAUUAAAAAGAUAUGAUCUAUUAAAAAUAUUUUUUCGGUAUUGUACAAGUUUGGCUUAUAUCAAACCCUUACAGAAGCAUCUUUGUUUAUAUUACUCAUAAUUAAACUGAUGAAUGUAGCGUACUUUGCCUACAGUCAAAAAACUUUUUUUGUGUUUUUGAUGUAACUUAUUUGGUGAUAUUUAGCUUGAGCGACAAAACACUUCAUUUUUAAAGAUCUAACAAACAAUCUUAUUCUUAUAUCCCAGAUAAUCGAGAAUUUAAAUCAAAUCUAGAACAGAUUUCUACACAUUUUUUUAUUCUUUUGUUGAAUAUAUUAUUCAAAGG